AUGAUCCGUACUCUUGAUACCGGCAGUUAUCUUCCCAGUCCCGACUCUCCUCCAGGAAUGACUACCUCAAAGAGCUCCAAAACCUCCUCCUUCCAAUCUUUCGACAGCGACGAUGGCAGCGUCCUGGCCGAUGUCGGCCAUUUUGAAGAAAUUGGACUCGACGACGAUAACGUUACCCUGAAGAGUCCGUCGCAAGUCAAUGUUCGUCCCAGCCUGAACAAGAAACCUUCAAGCCGAACUCUUGCAGCUGGAAAAACUGCAUCCAAAGCUCGACCGCCAUUCCCUACUCUCGAGACCAACGUUUACACCUCCAACCCUCGAAGCACCAGUUUGAGCGCAUUGACAGAGCCCAUGUCAGCCUCGCGACCAAAGACUCUAACUAGUCCAUCUUCAGCUUCUCUUCAAUUCAAUCGACGAAACCGAAGCCCGAGCCCUGCUUCUUCACUCAACCCGAAAGACCCGAGAGGUCCGAGUUUCCCUCAAAAGCCUCGCCGAGGCAGCUGGCAGUCCGGCCGCGAUCGCAAGUCAUUUACUGACCUCGAACGAGAAUGUGACGAAGACGAUGGUGACGAUAUUCCUGAUGGCAUGUUUCUGGACAAUGUUCCCCUCUCGCCGCGGCCUAUGCAGGAGCGCACACCAAGUCGUCCCUCCUCUGUAUCGCCCUCCCCCAAUCGAUCUAAAGAACGCGUCAGAAGUGUCGGCAAUGGAACCCCUGCAAUCGCACAAGCUCAAGGCUCUCUUCGAUCACCAACCUGGAAGACCGAUGACAACCCUCGUAGCCCCAUGAAGACACGAGCGCACAGCUGGAAUGCUGCGUUGGCUGAACUGAAUCACGAAGCCAAGACUCUGACAGAAAAGCUCGAGGAGCACGCCGAUGAGUUAAUAGAGGAACAAACCAAACGCCCCGCAGGCCAACGUCCCAACACAUGGAAUGCAUCCCGAAGAUCCUUCGAGACGUAUGACAGGAAGCAGCGUGUUAAGUCGACUCCCGAACUCCCGCCUCUUCGCAAAACCAACAUCAUGAUUGAUCCUCUGCCUGUUUCCAAGGAGAAGGAAGCAGUCUUGAGCCGGACUCGCCCCUCAUGGCUACCACCCAAAGAUCCAGCUGAGGAGCGCCGACACCUGAAGGAAUAUCAGAAGAUGAUGGCAGCGAGCGCCAAGGCUGAGGAGCGACGCGAAGCGUCACGCAGGGCUAAGAUCGAAGGACGAGAUAGCACAGCGGAUAACUUGAUGCAAAUCUGGGAGAGGGAUGUAAUUCCACGAUGGAAUGACGCUAUUCGCGAACGCAGGACGAGAGAGCUUUGGUGGAAGGGCAUUGCGCCCCGUAGCCGAGGAGUCAUAUGGGGUCGAGCGAUUGGUAACGAGCUUGGUCUGUCGGAAUCGUCAUUCAGAGCAGCUCUUGCAAGAGCUCAAGAGAUCGAAGCUCGAGUCAAAGACGACAAGGGCGACCCAGAGGAUGUUAGAAGGGCAAAAUGGCUUCGAGAAAUUCGGAAGGACGCUGCACAGAACACCUGGCAGGAUCUCCGUAUUUUUGAGGUCGAAGGACCGCUGCACCAGAGUCUCGUUGACGUGUUGAGUGCGUAUGCCAUGUACAGGAGUGACAUUGGCUAUGUACGGGGUUGCAAUACAAUUGCUGCCUUGCUGCUCCUCAACUUACCCGAUGCUGGGUCCGCAUUCGUCGCACUCGCUAAUGUGCUCAACCGCCCGCUACCUCUAUCCUUCUAUACAGGAGACCCCGGCGCACAAGCUUCCGCAUUCAACCUGGUGAUGCAAACGCUUUCUCUCAAGUCUGCGCCGCUUCACGCGCAUCUUACCAAGAAGAUCCAACCUGCCGAUCUGGAACAGUCCCUAUCAGGAGUCCUGACAGCCAUCUUCACACAACACCUAGCCAUCGAUGAAGCAGCCCGGUUAUGGGACGUGUAUGUCUUCGAAGGAGACGCUCUCCUGAUCCGAGCAGCCGUGGCACUUCUUCUCAGUAGAGAGAUGACAUUGCUCGGCGCCAAGACAGCCGAUGAAGUCAAGGCGAUACUUGGUGAAAGAAACGCCAAGGUCUCUGCAGCACGAGUUGCUGGGGAAGUUGGCGCCGAGGACAAGUUCAUGAUGUCAGUCCGCGAGGCAGGAAAAGCCUAG